GGAAGAUGGGAGCCUGGACCAGGUAAAGCACCAUCAGAUGCGCUUGCAGAGAAGGAAGAGAAAGGAAAGGGACGCCACGACAUCUGGAACCCCAUGGGGAAAAAGGAUUGUUACGGAUGUACUUGCGGAAUUGGGCUAUGGCAAGGACGCCGAGGUACAGGAAAAGGUGGUGACCGUAUUCCAAAGCAGGAGUAAGGAGGUAGGGGAAGAAGAAACCAGGCAGGAAGACUACGGUGAAGAGGAGACAGGGUCACAAGUUCUUACCAAAGCCCAGCUCAAGCAGCGCAAUUUGCUGCUAGGGGGACAUGGCUCUGGAAAGGACAAAUCUCGCACGCAAUCGCUGCGCCGCCAGCCGCCGCCACCACUGCACAUAUGUCGGCAGGACCCUCACAAAUGGGUCCGCCGCCAGCAUAUGGUCCUUGGAUGCCUUAUUGUCAGUUGGCACCCUGGCCCAAAUGUAAGCACUGCAGGUCGUGUGGGGGAGGCUAAGCUCCCCCAGGACAGAUGGUCCCUUAUUCGGGCCCAUGGGCGAGUGCAGGGCCACCAAGUUUUCCGACGACCCCAGGCCAGUUCACGGCCCAGCCUCCCACCUCGCAGCAAGCUUCGCAGGCUAGCGUGGCGGGAGGAGGAGGUCAAGGGCAAGGAGGGCAAGGCAAUGGUGGUCGAGGACAAGGAGGUCAAGGGGGUGGCGGCUGAGGAAGGAACAGCGGGGGACGCGGUGGUGGAUGGAACGGACAAGGAAGGUAGGAUCAAGGCGGCCAAGGUGGUCAAGAAGGGGGCCAAGGAUAUGGAAGGCCCCGCUUUGAUUGGCGAAAUGUCGUCUGCCGACAUUGUAGCAUUGUGGGCCACACCAUACGAUUUUGCCAGCAACGGCGGGACGAUGAGCUCACCGGAAGCCCAAAGACGAGCAGCGGUAGGGACGGCGCCCCCGGCGAUGUUCAUACCAUGGCAAGAAAGGGAGGACCCGCCCGUGAGGAUCGAAGAGGUUAUAGGGGAGACUGAGGAGGUGACCCAACGAUUAAAGGCAGGGACUAUAAAGAAAGAGCCGAUAGUCGUUGAGUCAGAUGACGAAGACUCAAGGGAGGUCGAAGAGUCAUCCAUAACAAUCCUGGAAAAAAUGAAGGACCUGCUGGAGAAGGUGGGAAGAUACCAGCAGAGGCUAAAGGAGUUGUGUAAUGCCCAAGAAUGGAAGGCCGACCUCCCCAGAGUCUUCCUCUACGAGUCCGGGCCGGGAUCAGCAUCAGGGCAGCAAGGCUACCCCGGGGUGGCGCCUGUAGGGUCGGGCCCUAGGUCAGGGAUGACGUUUAGGCCACCCACCCCUCAUGGGCGGGCACCUCAGGCAACGCAAACCAGAAGCCAAAGUAAGGCUGGCCCUAAUCAGGUGCCGAGUCAGGCACCUUCUCGAAGGAGACCUGAGCCCGAGCGCAGGAAGGAAGUGGUAGAGGUCCCGGAAGAAGAAGACGAGGAGGAUGACGAUACGGAGGACGAGAGGCUCCGACAAGAGGAGGAUCGACGGACGGAAUUAAGAGCCCAAAGGAGAGGGAACCAAGAGGAAGCUGAGCCAGGUCAGCAGGACAGUGCGCCUAAAAAAAGGAAGUAUGCAGUCAGGCUAGAAGAAGGGUUUGAUGUGGAGAGAAUGGUGGAUAGGCUCCUCGAAGGUACGCAUAGCUUGGCAGAAGAAAUAAGAACGAUAGAGGAGGGCCCUGCUCAAGUAGAGGAGCAUGAGCAGCUAAUGGGAGGGAUGUACCUGCUCACUAAUACGCUUCUGCAAGGUGACUUUGACCGAAAGAACUCUUUAAGUCCAGUUGAGGGCGAGGAUCCCGUUCCUGAAAGUCAGGACGACGAGUUCGAGCAAGGGGAGAUUAAAGAGGCAUUUCGAGCAGAGGAGUAUGAUGGGAUCUACCUUGAGUUAGGUCUACUCCUAUCCUUUGAAAUAAGGGACAGGGAUGAAAGCGCUAAGACUCAGAAGAUGAGGCACCUCUACGUGGUGGGCGCGACUGAAGAAAGGAUACGAGAGGCCUCUAAGCACGUAGAGAGGAGUCAAAUGGAGGAUAAGAUGCGGUGGGAUCAGAUGGCGCGAGUGCGGAAGGAGCCGUUGGCAGUUGGGGACAUCGUGUUGCUAUACGAUUCCUCUUUGGAAAAGCAGUGGUCGCGAAAACUCGACAAAAGGUUGUUCGGGCCCUACAGGAUUGUGCGGUGUGGCGAAUUCGGGGCCUAUCAAAUCAAGGAGUUAGAUGGGACGGAAUGGAAAGACUGGGUGUCCGGAACAAGAUUGAAGAAGUUUGUGGCCAGGGAAUAGGUAAAUGCCUAAAAACCCCUAAGAUAAAACCCCAUCCUAAGU